UUACACCCCGAGCACUCCAAGGCAUGACUGACUCCGGCUCUCCGAGAAUUGCCUCUGCCUGCAAAAAUCGAGAUCUGGCCUUCGCCUGGACGUUGAUCUUCAUUCUUUUCGUCCCCAUUUGAAGACGGGCUUACCUAACCUUUUGACAGCGGCACCAAUGGCCCCAGCAGUGGCAGAAGAUGCCCUCAUGCCAGUCAGUCCCUCCAGAGAUGAGUGCACCUUGCCUGCCAUGCGGAACCACCCUGCUCAAUCCCAUCAAAUCAUCACCUGAGAACGGCUUACCUCAACCUUGUGCCCUUACUCAGCGUUUGUGCUUGACAACCACCCACCGCCGACACACGCCCCGGCUUCCGUUGCCUCAAUGGAGAAGCCUUCGAACCCAAUCGCCACUCUCUUUUGUAGCGGGAAGCGGGCCGCCUGGAAGAAACAUCCGCCGUUCCAGCGCUGGCUGCAGGGGUUGGUUUGGGAUUAUACGGAAUACAAUAACAACAUUACUCCAGAGUUGCAUCAGCAAAACAAUUGCUGUACCAGCUGCGUCGGUCAUGCUCCUGCUCUUGAUAGGAAAACGUCUCGGGCGUGUCGGAUACCCUGAUCUCGUGUCUCAGGCUGUGGCCGGUAGAUGCGCUAAAGGUGCAUGUGCUCCUGCAAGCUGAUCGUCUCAUCUCGUUGCGUUCGGUCUUUGUACCGUCGAAGUUAUAUUACUGAUUAUCAGGCUAUGAAGGUGGAAUGACCUGAUUAUGUUCU